GCCUGACCUGUCUCCGACCGCCGAGACCUGCCGCAUCCCUCCGAUGCCAGAUCUGUCCGCAUUGGACGCGUCUCAGACCAAACUGUUCGGAGAGGCGAGCGCCAGAUCAGCUACCUUGCAGUUCGUGCACGUCGCGUCGCUCGCGAACGCUGCGAGGCUCGAGCUCCCGGUGUCCGCGGAGCCGCGCGUGGGUGACGUCUUCGAGUGGCCAGGCGAGGAUAACGUGUACGCCUGCAUCCUUUCCUUCGCGAAGUUCGGCAAAGCGCGCGUGUUUCCAUUUUUCCGUCGGCCUGUGAAUCUCAAGCAGGCGUGCUCUAUCCCUCCUGAAGGCGGUGGUUGCUGGAGGUGCCGGGCGCCAUUCCAGAGCCAGCUCUUCAAACUGCCACAGCCCUUCAGCCGAUCUGUGGCCCUGGUCCCGCGGAUUGCGGCGCCCGAGAGAAACGACGGCUUCAAGAUGAUCCACCAGCGUUGCUUCCAGCUCGUGCCCGCCAACGAUGGGGCCGCGGAGUCCAGCGGCAGAGGCCGCGAGAUUCUUCGCUUCGUCCAGGCCUCUGCUGAACGCGCAGCGGCCGCCGAGCUUCCGCGCGCCGCUGACGGCAGCGACGCCGCAGAGGACGAACCUGUACCAGAUGCCAGCAGUUCUGCCCUUGGUGCUCCGAGCCCUUGGACUUCGGCUGUCGCGCAGCUGUACUCUGACGCAGCGCCUUGCGAAUUGACUUCGCUGCUGCUCCAGCCGCGUGUCCUGACCCAGCAGGCCAGAAGGUACUGGUGCCAGACUCACAAUCGAUUUUUUCAGCCACCAAGCGGCUCCGAUUCAAGAGGUUGCACCGUCGUUGGCGACGUCGUUGGCGAUUACUUGAUUGCCGGCGAUUUCUGGUCCGAGGCGUUGGGCGCGUUCCAGGGCACGGAGAACUACAGGCACGUCGAGAAGCUGGUGCGCAGGCGGACCACGACACUCAUCAUGAAAGCCGUGGCCGACCACCCUCGUCGCGCAAACCUCAGCGAACUCGAGGCGGCGCGCCUCCACGCGGCCCUCUGCGGAUUCGCGCGCGCGACGCCAGGCUACCAGACGAUCAGAUGGUGGUUCACGAUUUGGGUUGAGAUGUACCUGGGCCCGAUGGUGCCGCGGCUCGCCGUCGCGGUCUGCGCCUCUCACGGGGCCAUGGGGGACCUGGACUUCUCCGCGAGCGAUGCCAGGCAGCUCCGUGCCAUCGGGUCCAAAGUCCGAGACAAGAAGGAACGCCGCACUUUCGGCGGAAUGACCGGCUUGUCCGACGUGCCACUCCUCCCGGACCUCUACGCCACCGCCGAGGACAGGUCAAACAUUGAGACCGUGGUGCUUGCGUGGAUGCGCUUGCUUCAGACCCAGGGCCCCCGGCCUGUCGGCGCCAACGCGGACAACAUUGCGAAGGAGUUCAAGACGAUCGUGGGCUGCUUGGGCGCCGCCUUCCCCGGGGCCGCGCGGUGCGACAAGCCGGCCUUGAAGCGUUCGCAGCAGCGCGCGGAGAGCGGCGGCAUUGUCGUGGACUUGGACGCGCGCAGAGUCUUGGGGUUUGAGCUUGGGCAGGUGCGCUUUGGCCGCUCGAACGCGGAGCCGAUCUUCGGCGGCGCAGACAACCGACUCGCGGCGCGCGCAGAGGUUCAGGGCGCCGCGCCGCUGGAUGUGCCCCAGGUCCUCAAGGAAAGCGUGGCAGACGAGUGGCGUCACCCUGUCCAUGGGGAACCGCUGCCCUUGCCGGCGAAGGUGGCGAUAUUGGAGGACGCGGCGCGCGUCGAGGAUGCGUCCAGGGGGGCGCGCCAGGCGGCCGCCUCGGCUGCUUUCGAGUUCGUCUACGGCCCGCUCGGACAUCCAACCGCGGGGGACAUCGCCCGGAACCUCUGCGGCCUGGGCGAGCUGUUCGCCCUUCCCAACUUCGCCAAGGCCCGCGGCGAGGCGCCUCCGGAGUGGUGCCAGGCCCAGGCCCGCUACCUGCGGCACGCUCGCAGUAGGCCCAGCGGGCCUAUGCGGCGCACGUGCAAGCCGCGAGACGUGCCGGCUGGCGCGCCCGCGCCCAGCCAGCCAGCGGACGAUCGCCAGGCAUGUUCGGAUGAGGAGGGCGCGUCCGCCAAGGGGGUGGACGCCGACGCGUCCGCGGCCAGCGACGCCGCGGGCGACAGCGAGUUCCCCGAGGAGAGCGGCGACGAUAACGGCAGCGACGACAGCGACGCCGCCGCCGAGGCCGAGGAAGACAGCGACGACGAGAGGGCGAAGCAGCAGGCCCCGCCGAACCCGUACGCGGCCGGUAGCAGGUUCGACCGCGUCCUCGUGAACCAGCUCCGCCCCGUGGUCCUGCAUGGGUUGUGCGCUGGAUACCGCUGCAAGCUCUGGGCCAUGGAGGCGGGGCGGGACGUCUCGCUCGGCACCGUGGGCAAGGAGCGGGGCUGGCGGAACAGACAGCGCCAUGCCCGAAAUAAGGGGCGCUCACGAGCGGACGUGGCCACGGUGCAUUUGCUGGCGCUCCUGCGUUUCGCCCGCGAGGUGGCGGCCCGCACGGCCUCGGGGCGACGGCGCGAACAGCUGCUCAAAUGCAGCCGGCCCGACCGCGCGCACGAUGAGUUCCUGGCGGCGGAGGAGCUCGCCGCGGCGAUCCUGGAGGGCGCGGCGGCCGGGGCGCCGCUGGCUCGCGCCGCUGGGAGCUGCGCCGAUGCGCUGGCGGAGCCGCGUGAUAUAGGGCAUCUCUACUCCUUGUUUCAGGAUGGCAAGCUGUAG